GAGGGAGGGGGCUGGGCCUGGACCCUGGGUCUGAGGGAGGAAGUGGUUGGGCCCUAGACUCCUAGGUUUCUUGGGGAGGAGGGGGCCGGGGGCCCGGACUCCUGGGUCCUGGCACCCACCCGUAGAACCGACCUUGCGGGGCCUUCGCCGCACACAAGCUCGUGUCUGUGGGUCUGUGUCGGGGGCUCACCAUCGCGGCUGGGACCUCCCGGCCCUCCCCACCCUCCCUGUCCCUCCUUGCCCAUCUGUCCGGUCUGUCCACCUACCGCGCCCCCCGGGCUGAGGUAGGAGGUUGUAUAGUUGAGGAGGACACCCACGGAGAUCACUAUACGGCCUCCUAGCUUUCCCCAGGCUGCGCCCUGCACAGGACGGGGCAGCAGGGACCCCAGGCCUGUACCACUGCCCUGGGGACCUUGGAAGGAGCUGGGAUGUCUGCCCUGUCCAUGUCCCUGCACCUUGUCCUGGCCCUUCCAGUCUCUCCCACCAGGAGGUGGGUUUGCUUCCCCUCUUGCACUCCUGAGUGGUUCCUGGAGGUGCCCCCAUCUCUCUGCAGGUUGUCUCUGGCUCUCUGGCUCUCACACACUCUGGUAUCUCUCCCUGUCUCUGUUUGGUCUUCUUUCUGGCACUCAGUGUCCCUGGGUCUGUCUUCGUCUUUCCCCCAUCCCCAUCCUAGGGUCUAUUGGGGCCACCACACACUGCAUUGCCAGCCUCUGGGUCCCUGAGACCCUUUAACCUGUGAGGACGUCCAGGGUCACAGGUGAGGUUCUUGGGAGCCUAGCGUCUGGACCAACUACAAACCUAGGGACUGCAGGCUGACCCCUGGAACCCUUCCUGGGAGCCUGACAUUUGACCACCAACUGGCCACUGCCCCUCCCCCACUGCAGUGACCUCACAAAGGUCACCAGCUUCUCCUAGGCCUUGAGACCCUCCUAGAUGGCCCCGCUGUCCCUGGUGAGCGCUGUCCUAACUGCCCUGCUGGCCCUGCUGGUCCUCAGGGCAUCCACCUGGGCCUGUCUCCUCUGCUUCACAUCCUAUGCUGAGCGCUUCCGCCUCUGCAAGAUGUGGGCCCGGGGCCCCCAGGUGGAGCAGUGCCAGGAGGCCUUCACGGCUGCCUUCAAGGGCCUCUCCAACGUGGAGAUCAACUACUGGGAGAGAAGCCACCUGCAGGACGCCUUCACCCAGAUGGCCCAUUCCCUCCAGGAAGCGGCGGCCGCCCAGGGGUCCUUUGAGGACGCCUUUCGUGCUGCUGCAGAAGAAAUGAAGAAGGCCAUUCUACAGCUUAAAGAAGUUCAGCCCUGCAUCCCUCCCUGCGGGGUCCAGGAGGUCGCCCGGCGUUUCUUUUGCAACAAGUGCUUCUCCAGUCUAUGCAAACUUCCGCUGGACUGUCCAGGUGAGGGGCUCCAAGUAGCGUUUCGGGAAGUGGUGAGCUGGGCGCCGCGGGACGCGGAAAUGAUCGAGCCCUGGCGGCCCAGCCUGGGCGAGCUGCUGGCCAGGCCCGAGGCUCUGACGCUGGGCAAUCUCUGCAUGCUCGCAGCUGUAGCUGCCCUGGCAUCUGCGAUGGCGACCAUGCUGGUGUGGAUGUUCUUUCGAUGGUACCUCAGUGGCAACUAACAAAGCUAUCUCUUCCUUAUCCUAUUUCAUCCUAAAAUAAAGAAUAUAUUUCGGA